AUGGCGAGGGUCCCCUUUAUCGGCAGACUCUACUUAAGAGAAUACCUGGCACUGGUUGGAUCCUUGAUCUUGGUGGCUCUGGAGGUCCUUGUUCGAAUAAUCACCCUCGGGUUACCUCAACCUAUAAUCCGCUUCUGUUACAAGACCUCAAAGAAACUAUUUAACAAAUUGUCUUCGGCCAAGUCGAAACAAGCUCGGUCCGAUCGAACAUCGAGGCACCACCACAUCGCUACCUGCGCUGACUUUACCGAACUCUGUGCCCUUUUUGGAUACUAUGCGGAAGAACAUGUUGUGCAAACGGCAGAUGGAUACCUCCUGGGUGUACACCGAUUGCCGUUUCGGAAAGGCGAGGACCAGAUUGGCCUUGCGGUGAACGCAGGCCCUGAUUCCGUGCGCAAGCCGGUGGUUUAUUUACACCAUGGCCUGCUCAUGAACAGUGAAGUCUGGGUUUGUCUGACGGAAGAAGAACGGUGCCUCCCAUUCACUCUCGCGAGUCAGGGCUAUGAUGUCUGGCUGGGGAAUAAUCGUGGAAAUAAGUACAGCAAAAAGUCUACACAAUUCUCGUCGACAUCAGCGAAGUUUUGGGAUUUCUCGAUUGAAGAGUUUGCCUUCCACGAUAUUCCCAACACAAUUGACUACAUUCUUAGUACGACAUCUCAAUCGUCCCUUUCUUAUAUCGGCUUCAGCCAGGGAACCGCACAAGCCUUCGCCACCCUCUCGAUCCAUCCUGGCCUGAAUGACAAAGUCAAUGUCUUCAUUGCUCUAGCACCGGCAAUGUCUCCAGCAGGCCUCAGCAACGGUAUCGUGGAUUCUCUGGUCAAGGCUAGUCCUGACGUCCUCUUCCUGGCAUUCGGCCGCAAGUCUAUUCUAUCCUCGGCUACGAUGUGGCAAUCUAUCUUGUAUCCCCCCAUCUUUGUGCGUUUGAUUGACAUGUCUCUUUCUUUCCUCUUCGCCUGGUAUGGACGCAACAUUACUGUGCAACAGAAGCUAGCAGCGUAUCCUCAUUUAUACAGCUUCACCAGCACCAAAUCAGUCGUACACUGGUUUCAGAUCAUUAGGAACAAGUCUUUCCAGAUGUACGACGAUGACGCAUCCAACAAAUUCUCCAUCGGCGCAAGCAAUCGAUAUUACAAAGUAGCCAAAUUUCCCACUCGAAACAUCAAAACACCAAUCGUCCUCGUUUAUGGAGGUAGCGACUCAUUGGUGGACAUUCGCGUCAUGCUGAAGGAACUUCCUCGACAUACUAUAGCGACGGAGAUUCCUCAUUACGAGCAUCUAGAUUUCCUCUGGGCACAAGACCUUCAUAAUCUCGUGUUCCCUCAUGUGCUCGAAUCACUGCGGUAUUAUGCGUUGGGGCGCAACCCGGCCGGUGUACCCAAGGGGCUAGCUAUCUCAAUAGCAGAUACCGCACAUCUCCACAGACGACAAAACAGCGGAAGCACCUGGUCAGAGGAUGAAAGCUCAUACUCAGACUUUGAUGGUAUGGGUGAUACACCACGAACGCCACGAGUCAAAUCCUACGCACAGCACUUGCGUGAACAACCGUAUCGGCCGCAGAACCCACCGGCGGAUCUAACGCAGAGAACACCACGUGCUACUCAUCUUCGCGACGCGACAAAUGGUGACGACACUGCCGGCCUCCGCGCAAGGGAGUUGAUGCGCUGGUACGAGCAGAACUACGAAAUCGCUAAGGACGAUGCGCAAGCAAUGAAAGAGAACAGGGCGGAUGCGCUGGGGAGAUCAGAGGGCCCAGGUCCCACACUCGCACUUUCGACUUCGCGAUCACCGGGCAUGAGUGGGCAUGGUGAUCCGACAGAAAGGAACACGAGCAUAAAAGUGUCGGGUUCGCCCUUAUCGGCGACGGCACCAGAACAAAAUCAGACUCUACAAUCAAACAUGGAAUCGCAGACAUACACCCAAGGUCCACAAGAUGCAGCAAAUGAUGAGAAUGGUGCACCUCAAGCAGGUGGUGCGAAGCCACAACAACCACAACACCCACAGGUCACGUCACGUGCCGCAUCAAUCUCCGGGUCAGGCAGGUCUAGUCCCACGAGUAGUAUCCAACCCAGUUUCACAACGAAGGGAAUCAAGGUCGGAAGUUCGAAACCUAGCAUUGGACAAGCCAGGGGUGUUGGGGCAGACUAA